AUUUAAAUAGCUCGUGGAAGUUGUUACAUGUCUUAUGAUGAUCAAGAUCUACGUGUUAUUUGUUUUAAUAUCGUUUACUUACGAGUGUGCGCCUACUGUUCCAGUAAGUACCACGACUAUUUCUCCAAAUGCGACAACGACAACUCAACCAUCGAACAUAUCAACAACAUCUACAAUAGCAACAACAACUACGACUGGAGCAAAUAAUUGUUGUCAAUGGCCCAUGGCGCCAGAGUUUGUGAAUACUGCUGAUCCAGUCCAACAAUCUUGGAAUGGGUGCAAUCAGAGCGUAUUCUUUAAUUGCACAUUUUCAAACACCACUCUAUAUACGGAGGAAGUUGGCAUUGCUGUGAAUUUUGGGCAAUCAUUUUCACUGGAUAAAGAAAAUAACGUACGGUUUACGAACCAACGCCUCGUAUUAACAAGUAUCAGUUGCAACCCAACAGAUCAUUUAUGGUAUCCAAACGGAACAGGUGUUGGGUAUGAACAGUUCGCGUGUGCUUAUGAAUUAGUUAAUGGUACUUGGGUACGAGGGCUUCCAAUGAUAACGUCAGGAUAACCAUUAAUGAAUGAACUUUUUUCCUCUUUGCGGUGUAAU